UGUUUGCAGUAUUUUAAUAUAUAUUUAUGCGCAGCCGAGUGGAAUCCACAAGCAAUCAAAGGAGAAAAGCAUUUGCAAAAUCUCAAAAUCAUAAUCAGGCCUGAAUCAGUGACACAAGUACAAACGCCACCGCUGCAUUGCUUUGUAUCUGAGAAGUCCAUUGAUCUCAUGGCGACCCUAUUGCGAGCCCUCAGAGGGCGCUCGGGUUCGACCCUCGCCCGCUCCUUCGCUUCGUCGGCUGAAGCAAAGACGAAAACAUUCUCGAUCUACAGAUGGGAUCCUGACCAGGCAGAGAAGCCACGGCUACAGGAAUACAGCAUAAACACCAAGGAGUGUGGGCCGAUGGUGCUGGACGCGCUCAUCAAAAUAAAGAACGAGAUGGAUCCCUCUUUGACCUUCCGACGCUCUUGCAGGGAAGGGAUUUGCGGGUCCUGUGCUAUGAACAUCAAUGGCUGCAACGGUCUCGCCUGCCUCACCAAAAUCGACACUGCCGCUGCCGCCGCCACCACCGUCACGCCGCUGCCGCACAUGUUCGUGAUGAAGGACCUCGUCGUGGACAUGACCAAUUUCUAUAAUCAGUACAAGAGCAUCGAGCCCUGGCUCAAGCGAAAGACUCCGCCUCCGACUGGGCCUGACGGGAAACGGAAGGAGAAUCUGCAGAGUAAGAAGGAUCGCACCAAGCUUGAUGGCAUGUACGAGUGCAUUCUCUGCGCCUGCUGCAGCACUUCGUGUCCUAGUUACUGGUGGAACCCCGAAAAGUACCUCGGCCCCGCUGCGCUUCUCCAUGCCAACAGGUGGAUAAGUGACAGCCGUGAUGAGUAUACAACUGAACGGAUAGAUGCUAUUAAUGAUGAAUUUAAGUUAUACCGGUGUCACACCAUCAUGAAUUGCACCCGUGCUUGCCCCAAGGGUUUAAAUCCUGCAAAACAGAUUGCUAAUAUAAAAAAGCUUGCACUGACAAAUUAGCGGAAUCGGGUUGCCUGACAUGAUUUUCAUUUGUGUUGGGCGCAUUCUACACUUUUCCCUAUUUUUGUCCCAAGAUAUUUUUGAAAAUAAAGUUAUACAUUCGAUACUUCUCCAUCCAAUUUCAAUUACAAUAUGAAUUGAAUUGAACGCUGCGUAGUUAUACAACACAAAAAAAUUCUUGUAUUUAAAUAUAAGAAAUAAUUAUUGCUGGGCAAUUUGAUUGCAGAUACAAUAGAGAGAUCUUGAAUUCAAUGUUAAGAUUAUAUAUUCAUUCUCC